AUGACGUCCACGGAGAAAACACUACCACCUCCCAUACCCAACACCUCUGUAGAGCUGCUGGUAGAUACAGCUCCCAUACCUCACACCUCUACAGAACUGCUGGUAGAUACAGCUCCCAUACCUCACACCUCUAUAGAACUGCCGGUACAUACAGCUCCCAUAUCUCACACCUUUAUAGAACUGCUGGUAGAUACAGCUCCCAUACCCCACACCUCUGAAGAGCUGCUGGUAGAUACAGCUCCCAUACCUCACACCUCUGUAGAGCUGCUGGUAGAUACAGCUCCCAUACCUCACACCUCUAUAGACCUGCUGGCAAAUACAGCUCCCAUGUCUCACACCUCUGUUGAGCUGCUGGUAGAUACAGCUCCCAUACCUCACACCUCUAUAGAGCUGCUGGUAGAUACAGCUCCCAUACCUCACAUCUCUAUAGAGCUGCUGGUAGAUACAGCUCCCAUGUCUCACACAUCUGUAGAACUGCUGGUAGAUACAGCUCCUAUAUCUCACGCCCCUAUAGAGCUGCUGGUGGAUACAUAUCCCAUACCUCACACCUCUAUAGAACUGCUGGUACAUACAGCUCCCAUAUCUCACACCUUUAUAGAACUGCUGGUAGAUACAGCUCCCAUACCCCACACCUCUGAAGAGCUGCUGGUAGAUACAGCUCCCAUACCUCACACCUCUGUAGAGCUGCUGGUAGAUACAGCUCCCAUACCUCACACCUCUAUAGACCUGCUGGCAAAUACAGCUCCCAUGUCUCACACCUCUGUUGAGCUGCUGGUAGAUACAGCUCCCAUACCUCACACCUCUAUAGAGCUGCUGGUAGAUACAGCUCCCAUACCUCACAUCUCUAUAGAGCUGCUGGUAGAUACAGCUCCCAUGUCUCACACAUCUGUAGAACUGCUGGUAGAUACAGCUCCUAUAUCUCACGCCCCUAUAGAGCUGCUGGUGGAUACAUAUCCCAUACCUCACACCUCUAUAGAGCUGCUGGUACAUACAGCUCCCAUAUCUCACACCUACCUCUACAGAGCUGCUGGCAGAUGCAGGUCCAAUACCUCACACCUCUUUAGAGCUGCUGGUGGAUACAGCUCCCAUACCUCACACCUCUAUAGAGCUGCUGGUAGAUACAGCUCCCAUAUCUCACACCUCUAUAGAGCUGCUGGUAGAUACAGCUCCCAUAUCUCACAUCUCUACAGAACUGCUGGUAGAUACAGCUCCCAUAUCUCACAUCUCUACAGAACUGCUGGUAGAUACAGCUCCCAUAUCUCAGAUCUCUAUAGAGCUGCUGGUGGAUACAGCUCCCAUACCUCACACCUCUAUAGAACUGCUGGUACAUACAGCUCCCAUACCUCACACCUCUAUAGAACUGCUGGUAGAUACAGCUCCCAUACCUCACACCUCUAUAGAACUGCUGGUAGAUACAGCUCCCAUACCUCACACCUCUACAGAACUGCUGGUAGAUACAGCUCCCAUACCUCACACCUCUAUAGAGCUGCUGGUAGAUACAGCUCCCAUCCCAUACCUCACACCUCUACAGAACUGCUGGUAGAUACAGCUCCCAUACCUCACAUCUCUAUAGAGCUGCUGGUGGAUACAGCUCCCAUACCUCACACCUCUACAGAACUGCUGGUAGAUACAGCUCCCAUACCUCACACCUCUAUAGAACUGCCGGUAGAUACAGCUCCCAUAUCUCACACCUCUAUAGAGCUGCUGGUAGAUACAGCUCCCAUAUCUCACACCUCUACAGAACUGCCGGUAGAUACAGCUCCCAUACCUCACACCUCUAUAGAGCUGCUGGUAGAUACAGCUCCCAUAUCUCACACCUCUAUAGAGCUGCUGGUAGAUACAGCUCCCAUACCUCACACCUCUAUCGAGCUGCUGGUGGAUACAGCUCCCAUAUCUCACACCUCUAUAGAACUGCUGGUAGAUACAGCUCCCAUACCUCACACCUCUACAGAACUGCCGGUAGAUACAGCUCCCAUACCUCACACUUCUACAGAGCUGCUGGUAGAUACAGCUCCCAUACCUCACAUCUCUAUAGAGCUGCUGGUGGAUACAGCUCCCAUACCUCACACCUCUAUAGAACUGCUGGUAGAUACAGCUCCCAUACCUCACACCUCUACAGAACUGCUGGUAGAUACAGCUCCCAUACCUCACACCUCUAUAGAACUGCUGGUAGAUACAGCUCCCAUACCUCACACCUCUACAGAACUGCUGGUAGAUACAGCUCCCAUACCUCACAUCUCUAUAGAGCUGCUGGUGGAUACAGCUCCCAUACCUCACACCUCUACAGAACUGCUGGUAGAUACAGCUCCCAUACCUCACAUCUCUAUAGAGCUGCUGGUGGAUACAGCUCCCAUAUCUCACACCUCUAUAGAACUGCCGGUAGAUACAGCUCCCAUACCUCACACCUCUAUAGAACUGCUGGUAGAUACAGCUCCCAUAUCUCACACCUCUAUAGAGCUGCUGGUAGAUACAGCUCCCAUAUCUCACACCUCUAUAGAACUGCUGGUAGAUACAGCCCCGAUACCUCCAACCUCUAUAGAGCUGCUGGUAGAUACAGCUCCCAUACCUCACACCUCUAUAGAGCUGCUGGUAGAUACAGUUCCCAUAUCUCACACCUCUAUAGAGCUGCUGGUAGAUGCAGCUCCCAUAUCUAACACCUCUAUAGAGCUGCUGGUAGAUACAGUUCCCAUAUCUCACACCUCUAUAGAGCUGCUGGUAGAUACAGCUCCCAUAUCUAACACCUCUAUAGAGCUGCUGGUAGAUACAGCUCCCAUACCUCACAUAUCUAUAGAGCUGCUGGUGGAUACAGCUCCCAUAUCUCACACCUCUAUAGAGCUGCUGGUAGAUACAGCUCCCAUAUCUAACACCUCUAUAGAGCUGCUGGUAGAUACAGCUCCCAUACCUCACAUAUCUAUAGAGCUGCUGGUAGAUACAGCUCCCAUACCUCACAUAUCUAUAGAGCUGCUGGUGGAUACAGCUCCCAUACCUCACAUCUCUAUAGAGCUGCUGGUGGAUACAGCUCCCAUACCUCACAUCUCUAUAGAGCUGCAGGCUGUAGAUCCCAAGCCCGUACCCUGCGGCAAACGAUUGGACUGA